CUUACAAAUUAACCUAAAAUAAAAAUGUAAGUGCUCUUCACAACUAAUCAAAUUAUCAUUUUCCCUCACAAACAAAACCCAAAUUUUGUUUUCAUUUCAAUGGAACUUCUAUUGCCAAAUCCUGCAAACUCAACCCCUUUAACAACUUUAGGGUUCUUGGAUAGAGCUGCCACCGCCUAUGGCGACUCUCCUUCCAUUGUUUACAACAAUGUUUCAUACACAUGGUUGCAAACCCACUGCCGAUGUCUCCAGAUGGCAUCAUCGUUGACAUCCCUCGGCAUCCAACGUGGCCAAGUGGUGUCAGUUGUCGCCCCAAAUGUUCCUUCCAUGUACGAGCUUCAGUUUGCUGUGCCCAUGUCCGGGGCUGUCCUUAAUAACAUCAAUACUCGCCUUGAUGCUCGCACUUUGUCGAUACUCUUACAACACAGCGAGUCCAAGCUUGUUUUUGUGGACCACCAUUCUAGUUCACUUGUUCUUGAGGCAAUCUCGUUGUUUCCGAGGAACACCAGACAUCCGCAACUCAUCCUCAUUGAUGACGAGAUGGUCUCAUCAGGAAGCAAAAGCACAGCAUCAACCAGUCACUUUCUUGAUCAUUACGAGGGCAUACUGGAAGACGGUGAUCCAAAGUUCAAGUGGGUGAGGCCAAAGAGUGAAUGGGAUCCAAUGGUGUUGAACUACACAUCAGGCACAACAUCUUGUCCAAAAGGUGUGAGCUUAAGCCAUAGGGCAAUUUUCAUAAAAACCAUGGAUGCUUUGGUUGAUUGGUCGGUUCCAAAUCAACCUGUUUACUUAUGGACUCUACCCAUUUUCCAUGCUAAUGGGUGGAGCUUCCCAUGGGGUAUGGCUGCAGUAGGAGGGACCAACAUUUGCCUCCGCAAAGUUGACCUUUCACAGAUUUACCGUUUGAUCAAACAACAUAAGGUGACCCACAUGUGUGGUGCACCUGUGGUUCUUAACAUGCUAUCAAAUUCACCAGACCUAGAAACAUUAGACCACCAUGUCCAGAUUCUAACGGCUGGUGCACCCCCACCAGCACCAGUACUAGCCAGAACCGAGUCGAUGGGCUUUGUGGUGAGCCAUGGUUAUGGAUUAACUGAAACUGGAGGAAUGGUUGUCUCAUGUGCGUGGAAACAGAAAUGGAACAAACUUCCAUUAACAGAAAGGGCCAGGCUAAAGUCAAGACAAGGAGUGAACACUGUUGGUUGUACGGAAGCCGAAGUUUUGGAUCCUAAGACUGGGGAACCUGUUAAACGUGAUGGAAAAACUGUUGGCGAGGUUGUUUUACGAGGUGGGUCUCUCAUGUUAGGGUAUCUCAAAGACACUGAAGGAACGUCCAAAUGUAUGAGAGAAAAUGGCUGGUUUUAUACGGGAGAUGUAGGUGUAAUUCACCCAGAUGGUUAUUUGGAAAUCAAGGAUCGAUCCAAGGAUAUAAUUAUAAGCGGUGGAGAAAAUAUAAGCAGCCCUGAAGUUGAGUCGGUGUUGUAUUCACAUCCAGCGGUUAAUGAGGCGGCGGUGGUGGCUAAGCCUGAUAAGUUUUGGGGUGAAACACCAUGUGCAUUUGUUAGUUUGAAGAAGAAUGGUGAGUUGACUCAGAAACCAAGCGAGAAGGAGAUUAUACAGUAUUGUAGGGAUAGGUUGCCACAUUAUAUGGUGCCGAAGACGGUGGUGUUUGAAAGUGAGCUUCCUAAAACUUCAACGGGGAAAGUACAGAAGUUCAUUCUCAGGAGAAUUGCUAAGGCUAUGAGUUGAGUUGGCCUGCCCCAGGUUUGGUGGUGUAAUAAAUGUGUUUGACGUAACGUAUCAAUAUUUUGCUCAAUAAGGGGUUUAUGAUUUCAAUUUGCUGCCUUCAUGUCUGCUGAUGGGCAAAUUUAUUAUGGAGAUUGUUGUAUUAGUUUUUUUUUUCUUUUUAAAAGAUUGAUAAAUUAGUUUU